AUGUCUACGCCCAACAACCCAUUCUAUGAGCUUAGCCCUGAAAUCAAAAGCCUGCUUGCCAUAGAAACGUUUCGAGAAAAUGUGUCUACAACAGACUUUAUAGAGAGGAUAUCAAGUGGCGUGAUAGGACAAAUGGAGAGCAACACAACCACAACGGCGUUUGAUCCCAAGCCUUUUAUUCGUACUUUUGAAAGUGUCUUGGAAGAGCUUCAUCAGUUACGAACACGUGUACAGCACCAGUGUAGCGAAUUGGAAACCAGUGCUCAAGCAGCAGAACAAGAGUACAAGAGAAAUAUCACAGACCUACAUGGCGCUUUUGAUGAUGUAUACCGCUCCUAUGAUAGCUUAGAGAGCAGAAUUGGCGAAGUUGGCAAAACAGCGAUUCGUAUUGGUGAACAGCUAGAGACGAUUGAUAAAGAGAGAUCCAAAGCCUCCGAAAGUCGUGAUAUUAUCGAGUAUUUUAUGGAGUUCCAGGAUGGCAAUACUGAGCGAUUGGACACACUGCGACAAGGUGGAGAAGAGGGACAACUCAAGACAGCCAUCAUUGCAAGAAGAUUGAACGCAGUGGCUAAAGAGGUGGACAACGAUGCAGAUGCCAAAGUCGCUAUAGAAAAGUUUUGUGAAAGCUUUGAAAAAGAAAUCCUGGAAGAGUUUGACAAGGCUUAUGAGGAGGGCGAUCCUCGUGUGAUGGCUCACUGUGCCAAGGUUUUGUUUGAAUUCAACGGUGGUGCUUCUUGUGUGCAAAUCUAUGUGAACCAGCACGAGUUCUUUAUGUCGAAUAUGAAGAUUGAAGAGAUGGACCAUGUACGAGAUUCCGAGGACAAUGCCGACUUAUCCAAUCCCAACCUAUUGCCACCCGAGGUCGAUACCAGUCUAGUGAAGCUAUACGAUGACAUUCGAAUUACUGUGCGUCGAGAAGCAGGCAUCAUCUCGAGCGUGUUUCCCCAGCCUGCGACUGUGAUGCAAGUGCUUUUGCAGAGAAUCUUUGCUCAAUCCAUCCAAGACCACAUUGAGCUCUUGCUGUCGAGAUCUCAGAAAUACUCUCAUCUAGCCUACCUGCGUACACUGGCAUCGACACAUGCAGAAACAAAACGUCUGAUUGAGAAUUUGAAGUUCUAUUGCGACAAGGAGGUGUCUCUCAAAGAUGCAGCAGAUGUCAAUGGACUGGUUACAUCCGCUUCCCCUGACGAGACCUUGGAUCGGUGUAUGGAUGACCUGUUUGUGCCGUACACAGAGGGCGAUCGCUACCUGCGCAAAGAAGUGGAAUCACUGUCUGAGCUGUUUGGUAACAUUGUAUCUGAAUUCCUGAGCGCCAUGCAGCGUCGAAAGAUGACAUCCACACGCAACCAGUCUGUACUGACCAGAACACUGAACCAGAUUUCAUCCACAUCUACAGCUGCGGGUAUUUUGUCUCCUUCCGUGUCGUCACCCUCUGCAUUGAACGAGCUGGCUCAUCAAACGAAUGCCAGUACUAAUCCAUUUGAAAAGAAGCAGCCGCAAGCACAACACCAGCAGCAGCCAUCACGUGGGGUAGAUGCAAAUACGGUUACUGUGGACGAUAGUGGAUUUACACUGCUUUCACCUGAUGCUAUUAUGCGUAUUCUCCAUAUACAUGCAGAAGCUGUUAUUCGUUGCGUGGAAUUAGAAGAUCAGCAAGUAUUGGUGACAUCGCUUGGCCAAAUCUACAAUGUGCUUGUGGAUUUUGUAGGUCAAAAAUACCUGGAUAUUGCCAUGGACGAUAUUCUCGAUGAUUUGAACAAUGUCAAGGAACCCGAACUGGCUUGCUUCCCAGUGAUUAAAUCAGCAACGGACAUCAUACAGCUGAUGCAAAAGCACUUUGAAUCAGCCAUGUUGCCCUUGGUUGUCGGUAUCCCAUCCACGCACAGAGACAUCCUGUCGCUCAAAAACACAUUCAUGGCUAUACUAGAGAGAAAGAUCAACAUCGUGCUCCAAAAGAGUAUUGAUGGUAUCACCUACUGGCUGAGCGAAAUUUUGAGUCGUCAAAAGAAGAACGAUUUUAAGCCCAAGGACGAAGAAGGAGCCAUGAUGAGUAUGGGCACUUUACCGUGCAUGCAGUCUGUGGAUUUCAUCACACGUGUCUACAGAGCGGCAUCUCAGGCUUUGCAGGGCAAGAAUUUUGAAGCCUUUCUUAGGCGCAUCGGCAACGCCUUUCACUCCAUGUUGUUGGAACACUUUAAAAAGUUUAAUGUAACCCCAACAGGCGGUUUAUUGGUUACAAAGGACAUUGCCAAAUACCAAGAAGUCAUCAAAAUGUUCAAAUUACCUGGCCUGGAUGAGAGAUUUGAAAUGUUGAGACAGUUAGGAAACAUUUUUGUUGUCAAGCCAGAGAUUCUAAAGUCUAUUCUGUCCGAAGGCUAUCUCGCCAGACUGGAUCCUUCUGUGCUCUAUCCUUACCUGGAAAAGAGAAUUGAUUUCAAAACUGCUAAAUUGGAUCGCUUACUGGGCAUCUCUAUAGAUGAUAAGAACCCUGCCGCUGUAGCAGAGCAAGAGAAAUCGCUUGUCAAGAAUGGCAAGCCCCAGAGAAGAUCACUCUUUGUCAAUGAUAACGAAGUGCUCAAGGACAUUAUGAAGAACUACACUCACAACCGUGAUUUUUUAGCUGCAUUUAAUCUCUCAUAA